AUGCAGAGAAACCGAUUCGGAGAGAAGCGAAAGGGCGGCUUUGUCGAGACACAAAAGGCUGAUAUGCCCCCAGAACAUUUGCGGAAGAUCGUCAAGGACAUUGGCGAUGUUUCGCAGAAGAAAUACACAAGCGAUAAGCGAAGCUACCUCGGUGCGCUGAAAUUCAUGCCACAUGCGGUUUUGAAACUCCUCGAGAAUAUGCCCAUGCCUUGGGAGUCCGCAAGAGAGGUCAAAGUUCUCUACCAUGUCAACGGAUGCUUGACGCUUGUUAAUGAGAUUCCCCGUGUGGUCGAACCUGUCUUUCAAGCGCAGUGGGCUUCGAUGUGGGUAGUGAUGCGAAAAGAGAAGAGUGACAGAAGACUGUUCAAGCGCAUGAGGUUUCCCCCGUUUGAUGACGAGGAGCCGCCGCUGUCUUGGUCUGAGAAUAUCGAAGACGUUGAGCCGUUGGAGCCUAUUCAGAUGGAACUGGACGAGGACGAUGAUGCCGCAGUCUACGAAUGGUUCUACGACCACCGACCUCUUCUUGAUACAACCCAUGUCAAUGGACCGAGCUACAAGACUUGGAACCUGUCUCUCCCUCAGCUGGCUAACCUUUAUCGAAUCAGUCGGCCCCUGAUUUCAGAAGUGGUUGACAAAAACUACUUUUAUCUCUUCGAGCUGAAGAGUUUCCUCACCGCAAAGGCACUCAAUGUUGCUUUGCCUGGCGGUCCUCGCUUCGAGCCCUUGUACAAGGAUAUCGACCCAAAUGACGAGGACUUUGGCGAGUUCAACGCGAUUGAUCGUAUCAUCUUCAGAAAUCCCAUUCGAACAGAAUAUCGUGUGGCUUUCCCAUACCUUUACAACUCUUUACCAAGAAGUGUUGUGCUGUCAUGGCACUCACACCCUCAGACUGUCUACAAGAGGUCAGAGGAUCCAAGUAUGCCAGCAUUUUACUAUGAUCCAAGCAUCAACCCGAUUUCAUCCCGCUCCGUGGCUCCCAAGAACCUCACAAUCAGUCACGAAGAUGAGUUGUUCGGGAAGGGAAACAAUGAGGAGCCGGAGGAUGAGGAAUUCAUCCUACCAGGUGGUGUCGAGCCUUUCCUCGCGGAUGAAGAGCUUUAUACAGAUGAGACGUCCUCGGCUAUCGAACUCUGGUGGGCACCGUUCCCCUUCAAUCGCCGAUCAGGACGCAUGGUUCGAGCUCAGGAUGUUCCACUCGUCAAGCAAUGGUACCUUGAGCAUUGCCCGCCGAAGCAGCCGGUCAAAGUCCGAGUCUCGUAUCAGAAAAUGCUAAAAUCCUAUGUGCUGAAUGAGUUGCACAAGAAAAAACCCAAGGCGCUUCAGAGACAAAACCUGCUGAGGACACUAAAGCAGACCAAGUUCUUCCAGCAGACCACAAUCGAUUGGGUUGAGGCUGGUCUUCAAGUCUGUCGCCAGGGCUUUAACAUGCUCAAUCUUUUGAUUCAUCGCAAGAAUCUGACAUAUCUUCAUCUCGAUUACAACUUCAACUUGAAGCCCGUCAAAACUCUUACCACAAAGGAGCGGAAGAAAUCUCGAUUCGGCAAUGCGUUCCAUUUAAUGCGAGAGAUUUUGCGUAUGACGAAGCUUAUUGUUGAUGCCCAAGUGCAAUAUCGAUUGGGCAAUAUCGAUGCUUUCCAGUUAGCUGAUGGUAUCUUGUAUGCUUUCAACCACGUUGGUCAGCUUACGGGUAUGUACCGAUACAAGUACAAGCUUAUGCACCAGAUCCGAUCCUGCAAGGAUCUCAAGCAUCUAAUCUACUACCGUUUCAAUGCUGGCCCUGUCGGCAAAGGCCCAGGCUGCGGUUUCUGGGCACCAGCCUGGAGGGUUUGGCUCUUCUUCAUGCGCGGUAUCAUCCCUCUUCUUGAACGAUGGCUUGGCAAUCUCUUGUCGCGUCAGUUCGAGGGUCGUCACAGCAAGGGUGUUGCCAAGACUGUCACAAAGCAACGUGUUGAGUCGCAUUUCGAUCUUGAACUGCGCGCGUCAGUCAUGGCCGACCUCAUGGACAUGAUGCCUGAAGGCAUCAAGCAAAACAAGGUGAACACGGUACUUCAGCAUCUCUCCGAAGCUUGGAGAUGCUGGAAGAGCAACAUCCCAUGGAAGGUCCCAGGCUUGCCGGCCGCCAUUGAGAACAUUAUCCUCCGUUACGUCAAGGCAAAGGCUGACUGGUGGAUUUCGGUCGCCCACUACAACAGAGAGCGUAUUCGAAGAGGCGCAACCGUAGACAAGACUGUUGCCAAGAAGAACGUUGGCCGUCUCACCCGUCUUUGGCUGAAGGCUGAACAAGAGCGACAGCACAACCACAUGAAAGAUGGCCCGUAUGUUUCUUCGGAAGAAGCAGUUGCCAUCUACACCACAACCGUUCACUGGCUUGAGUCCCGAAAGUUUUCGCCAAUCCCCUUUCCCAGCGUCUCUUAUAAGCAUGAUACUAAGAUCCUGAUCUUGGCUCUUGAGCGGCUCCGUGAAGCCUACUCCACCAAGGGCAGACUCAAUCAGAGUCAGCGAGAGGAGUUGGCUCUCAUUGAGCAGGCCUACGACAGCCCAGGAACCACUUUGGAGAGGAUCAAGCGAUUCUUGCUUACCCAGCGAGCUUUCAAGGAAGUUGGCAUCGAUAUGAACGAUAAUUACAGCACCAUCAACCCUGUGUACGAUAUCGAGCCCAUUGAAAAGAUCAGCGAUGCCUAUCUGGACCAAUAUCUUUGGUACCAAGCUGAUCAAAGGCAUCUGUUCCCAGCCUGGAUCAAGCCAUCAGACUCGGAAGUGCCUCCUCUGCUUACCUACAAGUGGGCUCAAGGUAUCAACAAUCUAGAUAAGGUCUGGGAAACAGCCGAUGGAGAGUGCAACGUAAUGAUCGAGACACAACUUUCGAAGGUCUACGAAAAGAUUGAGCUAACCUUGCUCAACUCGCUGCUCCGAUUGAUCAUGGAUCACAACUUGGCAGACUACAUCACUGCGAAGAAUAACGUCACCCUGACCUACAAGGAUAUGAAUCACGUAAAUAGCUACGGCAUGAUUCGUGGUCUGCAGUUCUCUGCCUUCGUUUUCCAAUACUAUGGACUGAUCCUUGAUCUGCUCUUGUUGGGACCGCAGCGUGCCAGCGAAAUUGCUGGGCCACCACAAGCACCAAACGACUUCCUCCAGUUCCGCGACAGGGAAACAGAGUCAAAGCACCCGAUUCGUCUCUAUACACGGUAUAUUGACAGGAUCUGGGUUUUCCUCAGGUUCACGGCUGAGGAGUCACGAGACCUCAUCCAGCGAUUCUUGACCGAGCAGCCCGAUCCCAACUUUGAGAACGUUAUCGGAUACAAGAGCAAGAAAUGCUGGCCGAGGGACUCCCGCAUGCGUUUGAUGCGACACGAUGUCAACUUAGGCCGUGCCGUAUUCUGGGACCUAAAGAACCGGUUGCCGCGGUCAGUGACAACCAUUGAAUGGGAUGACACAUUCGCCAGUGUCUACAGCAGAGAUAAUCCUAACCUUCUAUUUUCAAUGUGUGGUUUCGAAGUCAGAAUCUUGCCCAAGAGUCGAAACACGAACGAUGAGUUCCCGGUCAAAGACAGCGUUUGGUCGCUCGUUGACAACACGACGAAAGAGAGGACUGCACAUGCCUUCUUGCAAGUCACUGAGGAAGACAUACAAAAGUUCAAUAACAGGAUCCGACAAAUUCUGAUGUCAUCUGGCUCGACCACGUUUACCAAGAUUGCAAACAAGUGGAACACUGCUCUUAUUGCACUCUUCACCUACUAUCGUGAGGCCGCAGUUUCCACUGUCAAUCUGCUUGACACCAUCGUGAAGUGUGAAACAAAGAUUCAGACCCGUGUUAAAAUCGGCUUGAACUCGAAGAUGCCGUCCCGUUUCCCGCCAGCCGUGUUCUACACUCCAAAGGAGCUUGGAGGUUUAGGCAUGAUUUCUGGCUCCCACAUUUUGAUCCCUACUAGCGACAAGAGGUGGUCAAAGCAGACAGAUGUCGGUGUCACCCAUUACAGAGCGGGUAUGUCUCAUGAUGAAGAGACCUUAAUCCCGAACAUCUUCCGGUACAUCAUUCCUUGGGAGGCGGAAUUCAUCGACUCUCAACGGGUAUGGACCGAAUACUCUCAGAAGAGGCUAGAAGCCAACCAGCAAAAUCGCCGCCUGACCCUUGAAGAUCUUGAAGACAGCUGGGAUCGAGGUCUACCCCGUAUCAAUACCCUUUUUCAAAAGGAUCGAAGCACCCUGAGUUUCGACAAGGGUUUCCGUGCUCGUGCUGAGUUUAAAAUCUAUCAGCUGAUGAAGAACAAUCCCUUCUGGUGGACGAGUCAGCGGCACGAUGGCAAGUUGUGGAACUUGAAUGCCUAUCGAACUGAUGUAAUUCAAGCUCUUGGUGGUGUGGAGACCAUCUUGGAGCACACACUGUUCAAGGCAACAGGAUUUCCAUCUUGGGAAGGUCUCUUCUGGGAGAAAGCCUCUGGAUUCGAAGAGUCAAUGAAAUUCAAGAAGCUGACCAACGCUCAGCGAUCCGGUCUGAACCAGAUUCCUAAUCGACGAUUCACUCUCUGGUGGUCACCAACUAUCAACCGUGCAAACGUCUACGUCGGUUUCCAAGUUCAGCUAGAUCUAACUGGUAUCUUCUUGCAUGGCAAAAUUCCCACUUUGAAGAUCUCUCUGAUCCAAAUUUUCCGCGCUCACUUGUGGCAAAAGAUCCACGAGUCCGUUGUCAUGGAUUUGUGUCAAGUUUUCGAUCAAGAGCUUGAGUCUUUGGGCAUUGAAUCAGUUCAAAAAGAGACUAUCCAUCCUCGAAAGUCGUACAAGAUGAACAGCUCGUGCGCCGAUAUCCAGCUAUUUGCCAGUCAUAAAUGGAAUGUUACACGUCCGUCAAUGCUGUUUGACACAAAGGACACGAUCGAGCCCACAACCACGAACAAGUUCUGGGUUGAUGUCCAACUGCGUUACGGCGACUAUGACUCUCACGACAUUGAGCGAUAUGUCCGCGCAAAAUAUCUUGACUACACGACUGACAGCAUGAGUCUGUACCCAUCAGCCACUGGUCUAAUGAUCGGUAUCGAUCUUGCUUACAAUUUGUACUCCGCUUACGGCCAUUAUUUCCCUGGUCUCAAAGUUCUCAUCCAGCAAGCCAUGGCCAAGGUCAUGAAGGCCAAUCCUGCCCUAUACGUUUUGAGAGAACGUAUCAGGAAGGGUCUGCAACUGUAUGCUUCUGAGAGCAAUCAGGAGUUCCUCAACUCCCAGAACUACUCAGAGCUCUUCAGCAACCAGACUCAGCUGUUCAUUGACGAUACCAAUGUUUACCGUGUUACCAUUCACAAGACUUUUGAGGGUAACUUGACAACGAAGCCUAUCAACGGUGCUAUUUUCAUAUUCAACCCUCGCACCGGACAGCUCUUCCUUAAGAUCAUUCACACAAGUGUAUGGGCUGGUCAGAAGCGUCUUGGACAGCUUGCGAAGUGGAAGACAGCUGAAGAAGUUGCGGCGCUCAUCCGGUCACUUCCUGUCGAGGAGCAACCGAAACAACUCAUUGUCACACGUAAGGGUCUUCUUGAUCCUCUAGAAGUCAACCUUCUUGACUUCCCCAACAUCUCAAUUCGAGCGUCCGAGCUACAGCUUCCCUUCCAAGCGGCAAUGAAGGUUGAGAAGCUGGGAGAUAUGAUCCUUCGUGCCACAGAGCCCCAGAUGGUGCUUUUCAACCUUUACGAUGAAUGGCUGAAGAGUAUUUCCUCGUACACGGCGUUCUCGCGUCUGGUCUUGAUUCUUCGUGCGCUGCAUGUCAAUAUGGACAAGACAAAACUUAUCCUGAGACCUGACAAGACGGUUAUCACUCAGGAACAUCAUAUCUGGCCCACGCUCUCAGAUGAGGACUGGAUCAAGGUAGAGACACAACUUCGAGACCUGAUUCUGAACGAUUACGGGAAGAAAAAUAACGUCAACGUCUCGAGCUUGACCAGCAGUGAAGUCCGUGAUAUCAUUCUAGGCAUGGAGAUUUCAGCUCCUUCGAUGCAGAGACAGCAGGCUGCGGAGAUCGAGAAGCAGCAGCAGGAGCAGCAACAGCUUACUGCAGUCACUACCAAGACGCAGAACGUGCAUGGCGAAGAGAUCAUUGUCACAACCACGUCUCAAUUCGAGCAGCAGACUUUUGCAUCGAAGACGGAAUGGCGUACCCGGGCGAUUGCGACAUCCAACCUUCGCACCCGAGCAAACAAUAUCUAUGUCUCCUCUGUCGACACUGAUCUUGAGGAUAUUACAUACGUUAUGCCGAAUAACGUCCUUAAGCGUUUCAUCACAAUCGCAGAUCUUCGCGUGCAGGUUGCCGGCUACCUCUACGGAUCGUCUCCUCCGGACAAUGACCAGGUCAAGGAGAUCAAGUGUAUCGUCAUGGUGCCACAGAUUGGUGGCUUGCGCAAUGUGCAGCUCCCUCAUCAGCUGCCACAGCAUGAAUACCUGAAAGACAUGGAGCCUCUGGGCAUAAUCCACACCAUGUCUGGUAAUGAGCUGCCAUACAUGUCGGCGGCGGAUGUCACGGAGCAUGCCCGGCUCCUGGAUGCUCACCCAGAGUGGAAUAGACAGAACACGUUGACAGUGACGGUGUCAUUUACGCCAGGCAGCGUGUCACUGUCCGCGUGGGCGCUCACGCCGCAGGGAUACAAGUGGGGUGCGGAAAACCGAGAUCUACAGAGUGACCAGCCGCAAGGCUUCACGACGAGCAUGGGUGAGAAGCGCAAGCUGCUCCUCAGUCCCCGGUAUAGGGGCUUCUUCCUCAUCCCCGAGACUGGCAAGUGGAAUUACAGCUUCAUGGGCUCGGCCUUCUCCGGCAUGGAGAAGAAACCCGUGCACGUCAAGCUGGACACGCCCAUGCCGUUUUACAGCGACCACCACCGGCCAUUACAUUUCCAGAACUUCGCCGAGCUGGAAGACAUUGGAGUGGACAAGGACGACAAUUUCGCAUAA